AUGUUAGUAACUGAAUACAGAACAUUUAUUUCUCUUUCUUUUUUUUCUCCUUUUUCUCCUGUUAUUCUUCUUCUUCUUCACAAACUCGAUGCAUUGGACUUCAACAUAAUUUUACGUGACUCAACUUAUUACAGUGACAAGAUUUACAAUCACAAAAUUCAUUACAAUCUUUACAUACAAUCAAGUAUCUUAUCGUCGUUUUUACCGGUGAUCAAUCGUGAAGUAAUCGAGACUGAAUAUCAACCAAAAGUGAUCAGUAAAGCUCAAAAACCUUCGUGUUUAAUUGUGAUUCGAACAGCCGAUGGAGCGAUGGGAAAUCGAAUGUUUUUAUUCGCUAGUGCGUAUGGCUUGGCUCGUCUUCAUCAAUGCGAACUUUACGUUGCACCAUGGAUCUUAACCGAUCUUCGUUCAAUUUUUCUGGUUAAUUUAAAUCAGACGCCUGUUCAUUUGAUAACUCGAGAUUCGGUUGUCAAAGAACCGGGUUUAUUUGGUCGAUAUAGUUCAUGCACUUUAUUUGAUGAUCUUCUGAGAGUUCCAUUGAAAGAAAAUCUAACGCGAUAUGAAAUGAUUGGUUUCUACCAAGCAUAUGGCUAUUUUUUGAAGUAUCGACACGAAAUAUCGUAUUUAUUUCAAUUUAAUCAAGGAGCAAUUAGACCGAAUGUUCCACUAGUAGAACAGCUUCUUAAAGCUGUUUGGAAUAUUCCAAUGGAUUUAGGGAAUUACACAAAAGAUAAUGUUACUCAUCAAUAUUUGAAAUCUUUAUUGACACGUCCGUCUGCUCCAUUAGCGCCUGUAACGUGGAUUGGAAUGCAUGUCCGUCGAGGUGAUUUUUUAACAUUUUUCAAAAUUGAUACAAGCGUCGAUUAUUUAACUUUUUCAAUGAAUUACUAUCGUCGAAAAUACAUCAAUUGCCGAUUUUUAAUCGCCAGCGAUGAUAAGGAUUAUGUAAAAACCAAUCUCGGACAUAUUUCCGAUGUUUUUGUCACGCCGAAAUCAUUUUUCUCAGGCGAUGAUUUAGCUGCAUUAGCGCUCUGUGAACAUACGAUUGUUACAGGAGGCACGUAUGGUUGGUGGGCUGCUUGGUUGGCAGGUGGAAAUGUUAUUCAUGACUUGAAUUAUCCAGUUCCUUCUCAGAAUUGUAUACGCGAACAUUAUUUUCCACCGUGGUUUGUUUUUCCUCACGCGAAAUCGAACUCAACGAAAUCUCGUCGAUAA